GUUCGGAUGCACAGAUGCUAGUCCUUACUACUAACAAUGCCGCUGAGAGGUUGACAGGCGGUAGUAGUAGCUAGCUGAGACCGAUUUAUUUUGUAGUAUGCUAUCCUACGUACCGGCGUCAACAUAGGCACCUGGACGGUUCUAUACGGGGAAUUGAGGGAUCACGGACUCAUUAUCUCACAACCAACAGGUGAACCGGUGUUUAUAUUUAUGCGCCGAUUAGUCCUGGACACUAAGGAAAGGGUGACGUAAGGCAAACAAAGAUAAACUCCUACUUACCUCACUAUACCCACCACGAGACCGGCAGGAUGGCCGACAAACCAGUGAAAUUCGCAAUCACCCACUAUCGCUUACCGAAACACUCACACGAGGACUUCAUCAAGUGGAUUGUCGAGGUGCACAUUCCAAAAGCUAUUCCGGUCUUUAGGAAGUACGGGGUCAUUGAUUAUACGCUCUUCGUUACGCCGCCUGCUCUCAGUGACUUUAUGAAUCAGCGAGUCCAAGGUAGCCGACCAACCUGGGAUGUUGCGGACUACGACUGUGUUAUUGAGUACAUUUUCCCUAGCAUAGACGUCAUAGACAAGAUCAUGCCGGAUCCAGAGUGGUUGGAAGCGUGCGCUGACCAGUUCGACUGGGUUGAUGUCCCGAAGGCCUUGGUGUCGCUGGGAUAUGCAACCACGUACUUUCAAAAGGGAGAGGCUGUGGUCUUGCCAAAGUGAUGAAUUUUCGAAAAAUAUUUCCAAAGUUUCCGGGGAAUAUAUGCUGUUGGGCAGAGCAUACUCAACCUUGGAUACUCGACUACGUUGUAGCUAGCAUUUGAGAAUGAAAAAAUUUAUAUGACCCGCACAUUUCCUUGAGACUGAUACUCAGUAACAUAUAAAGCUCGCGAGCUGGGAGAAGACUCAUCAGUGCGCGGUAUUGCGAAUUAAAAAGACAGCCACAAAGGAGUUUGAAGUGGUAGGGAAGAGGGGUAGAAUUGGCUAGAUUUACACAGUGCAUAAAAGCCUAGCAGGAUGAAAGGAACUAAGGACACCUCUGUCUGAACUCCAACAACGGGUCUGGAAGCGCUGGGACAGAUGCAAGAUGCAAG